AUGUGGGAAAAGGUCUACAUACAAUCGCAGACCGUCUUCGAAUUCGCUCCGGGCUGCGGCUCCACGGGGCUCGACACUGUUUCCCACAGCGCGACAACCUCGAGCGUUGUCCAGGGACUAGCAGACAAGGUGCCGGGAAUGUUGGUGAACUAUGCCAAAGCCGUCGCAAUCAUCCGCUCCCUCGAGCAACGAUGCGUCCCGAACGACUACAGCUGGAUGAUCGAAUUUGGAGCCGUUCGCAUCAUGAAAGUCACGCACAGUUUCCUCGAUCAGCAGGUCACGAUCAAGCACCUGGACCGACGCCGCGGGGCAUGCGGUCCAAUUGUGACGGUUGCUUCAUUUGUGGCGGUGAUGAUGGUUCUGCAAGCACUCAGCAACAAUCGCAGUGGAUCUGCAAAAAGCAUUCUGACAAGGGAUGCACGAAUUGCCAUCAAAGAGGCAUUCCCUGCUCGCGGACGAACCUGGAAAAUGCCCCAAACCUCUGGGCUUUGCUCAGGCCGCUCCCGGAGACCAAGGACAAUAUGA